AUGCAUGCCUACUGUCCCUCCGCGCUCUCCGUAGCCGUAGUCACCAUGCUAGCCACCGAGACACUUGUGCUAGCUCUUGUAGUCAUAUGUGUGGUCUUCUGUGUCCGGUUGUUCGCAGUGCUACGGUCCGGACGCUCGUACAGACCCGGGGCAGAGGGCUCGGUGUCGGUGCUGGUGGUCGCGGGGUCAGGGGGCCACACCACAGAGAUCCUGCGGCUCCUGGGCAGUCUGUCCUCAGCCUACUCCCCGCGGUACUAUGUGGUCGCUCAGAGCGACUCCAUGAGCGAGGACAAGAUCCAGGCAUUUGAGAAAUCCAGACCACAGGAGGACUCACAGGCACAGUUCGGUGUGUUCCGCAUCCCGCGCAGCAGAGAGGUGCACCAGUCCUGGAGCUCAUCACUCCUCAGCACCAUCAACGCACUGUGUUACUCCAUCCCACUGGUGUUUAGACUGCGGCCUGAUGUCAUCCUGUGUAAUGGCCCGGGCACCUGCGUUCCCCUUUGCCUGGCCGGGCUGGGGCUGGGGAUGCUGGGACUGAAGCAGGUGGUCCUGGUGUACGUGGAGAGCCUGUGCCGGGUGGAAAGCCUGUCCCUCAGCGGGCGCCUGCUCUACCCCUUUACACACUACUUCUUUGUGCAAUGGGCUGCACUCAGGGACAAGUACCCCAAGGCAAUCUUCCUCGGCCGCAUCGUCUGA